CACCAACGAUGCUUUCGUCGCCCGCGAGAAGACAGUAUAUAUGUCGGGGCUGCAUAGAGAGUAUCCUGUCAUGUCCGAAGUCUACCAAUUUUCCUGCUCUACGCGCGCAAACGCGGUACAAAUCGACCGACGCACCCUUUCGUGUCAAGAAACAUUACGGGAAGCUGGGCGAGGGGGACAACGCGAUGGCGCAACAACACGGUCUGCCGAGCACAUCCAAGAAAGCAACGUGGAAGUCCGGCCUGAAAUUUAGUACCGAUGAUGGCCAAGAUGCCCUGCGACCAAGGAAAAGGCCACCCAAAAGCGACAUCAGGUCGAGAGAUACAGUAGAAAUGCUUCCAGAGAUACGACGGACAGAAGCCGGCAAGCGAUCCCACGCCACAGCUAGUACGAAGACACCGUCGUUCAUACGCGGAAGACAACUGCCCAAGACGAGGAUUGAGGAAGCGGAAUUCGAAUUUCUCAAGCCAUCGGAACCUUCAGCACCGCCGCCGCCAGUGAAGAUAUGGUCGCCCGAGAAGCCUUUGAACCACAUGUCACUGCAUUUUGGUAAACUCGGAGAUUUCAAUUGGUAUUGGGAGACGCUCCCUCCUACCAUAGCACAAAAGACGCAAGCACAGCACUUCUUCACAAAGGGCGCAUCACCGAAGUUCCUCCAGUCAGUGGGGUUCUUUCGCAGCUUUCCCGAGAGCGACGUCCCCGAGAUAGCAUUCGUGGGCCGGAGCAACGUGGGGAAGAGCAGCCUGCUGAACGCCAUCGUGAAUGCGGACACCAAGGCUUUGCUCGCGCGCACGUCUGCCACGCCAGGCUUCACCAAGACGAUGAACCUGUAUGGUCUCGGCCCACAGCAGGGCGUACAUUACAAAAAGCAGCCCAACGGACACGGCAAGAUCGUGGGCAAGGGCGGCAUCACCAUCGUGGACAUGCCAGGGUAUGGAGAGGGCUCGCUCAUCGAAUGGGGCACGGAGAUCAUGAAAUAUCUCCAAGGACGCAAGCAGCUGCGCCGCGUCUUCGUAUUAAUCGACGCAAUGCACGGCAUUAAAGACAAAGAUCGCUCUCUUCUCGCGUCCUUGCGUCUGGGUGGCAUCUCGCAUCAAGUCAUCCUCUCCAAGGUGGACAAAAUCUACCUGCCCGAAGCCAAGUCCAUCAAGCGCUUCGACGGCAAACGCCUGGACAAGCUACGCCCAAAAGGUACACUGCAAGACCUGCGCCAAACUAUGGAGAAGCUGCGUGAGGAGAUCCAGCCGCCUAUCGGCGCCGGCGCAAUCGGCGAGAUCCUGGCCUGCAGCUCCGAAGCCCUGGUCGACGAGCGGCGACUCGGCAUCGACGCCGUGCGCUUCGCCAUGCUGCAGGCGAUCAAUUUCCCGUUCCGGAACGAUCAGAGUGCGGUGGAGCUGGCGAAGAAAGAGGGCCCGAGGAUUAGAGCGAUGAAGACUGAUGCGCCGACACAUGUGGAGAAGCAGAUCAAGGUUAGGACGGUCGAGACGGAUAAGCCUGAGAAGCCGACGCCGACAAUGACUGCUAGAGAGAUGAGGGCUGCGAGGAGAGCAGGACGGGCGCGGGGUCCGUCGGCCAUAGAAAUGUUGGAGAGGUUGAGUGGGAAGGUAGUGUAGGAUAGGAUGUGACAGAUACCCAGGCUUCACCGUGUACAACAAGUUACGUUCCUUCUCUUGGCAGAGCUAUUGAUACGCUGCAUGGGUACCAUGAAUAUUGCUGUUGUCAAUAAAGUCUUAGUAUUUGC